CUUCUUCGCCAGUCCGACGGUGAGUCACCCAGGUGACGAUCCUCCUCUGACAUUCGAGUGUUAUUAGAUUGAGGGGUGAACAUCGGGACUGCGCCUUUUUCCUCAGCGGACAAGCCCUCCGGGCUCUCGAUUGAUUCCUGAAGAUGGCGUCUCGUAGCCUCUUCGCCACCUCGCCGGCAUGGCGGAGGAUAGCGACGCAGGCUCGAGAUAUUCCCCGUCUGGGACCAUCAAUCACCGCUCGUCACACGAGCAGCUCGACUUCAGCCAUCGCUUACAAGGCUAUCCGCCGCCGACAAGCUCCUCUCCCCGUCGACCAGCCGCCAGCAUGGUCGUCGGCCCAGGCGGCCGUCUCCAACAUCCUCUACGAGACCCCGACCCCUUCCACCGCUCCGCCCAAGCGGCACGUCCUGAACUGCCUGGUCCAGAACGAGCCCGGCGUGCUCUCGCGCGUCUCCGGUAUCCUUGCAGCCCGCGGUUUCAACAUUGACUCGCUCGUGGUCUGCAGCACCGAAGUGGAGGAUCUCUCGCGCAUGACCAUCGUGCUCACGGGCCAAGACGGCGUUGUUGAGCAGGCGCGCCGGCAGCUGGAGGACCUGGUUCCUGUCUGGGCUGUGCUGGAUUAUACCGGAUCUCCGCUCGUGCAGCGCGAACUUCUUCUGGCAAAGAUCAACAUUCUCGGGCCCGAGUACUUUGAGGAGCUGCUCGCUCAUCACCGCGAGAUGACGGCCGAGAACCCCGAGGGGGAGGCCAACGGCCAAGAAGCCAGCGAGGCCAAGCUUUCGGAGACGGCCAAGGACUUCCACCCCAGCAAGCUGGUUGCUAGUGAGGCGUUGCGCCACAAGCACGAACACCUGAAGAGCAUCACCUACUUUACACACCAGUUUGGAGGGAAGGUUCUGGAUAUCAGCACCAACAGCUGCAUUGUCGAGGUGUCCGCCAAGCCAUCAAGGAUAGACUCCUUCCUGAAACUCAUCGCUCCUUUCGGCAUCCUCGAGUCGGCUCGGACCGGUCUUAUGGCUCUGCCUCGUUCGCCUUUGUAUGGACCCGACGACGAUACACCCACGAAGGAGGCCGACGAGGUUGUUGAUGCCAGCCAGCUGCCCCCUGGCUAACGUAGUUAACAUGUACGGCGGAUGUGGGUCAAAUGUUUUCAUCAUGUAUUAAUCAUAAAAUUAUCUGGUGCGAGUCAAGAUCGGCCAUCUCUAAGUUGGUUGAGAAAAUACACUUGGUAUUGAACUUUU